CUUAUCAGUUGCGUGGGAUGUGCGGAUGGGCUUGUGGGUGGCUUCAGCUACAAAGUGCCUAGGACGAGACACUUCUGUUGGCAGAGAGCUAGAGUGAGUUGCAGUUGGAAAGCCUUACCGAACGGAUGCCACACGGAACAAAAUAGCCCAAGAUCGGAACUAUACAAAAGUUAUUUUUUAUCGAGUCAUCUGUAAAAAUAACAAAUCACAAUGGCAGUCGAGGCGCGCACUGUGCUCUGGUACAUGACGUUCAUAGGAUUCAUUGUCAACUAUAUGCUGCGUAUCAAUUUGAAUAUCACAAUUGUCGACAUGAUCGCCGGCGUCAACGGGCGCACCACUUUAGCACCACCAACUAAUGCCUCCGUCAACCUGUCGACCACUAAUACAUCUGAUUUCCUGGCCUUUGUCUCACCUGUCGAGUCCACUUCGAAUGUCACCGAUCGAGAGGAGCGAUAUUCGCUGGAGCGUCAAUUUCUAGAUUGGGCAAAAAUUGACUACGAAAGACAUGGCUUCCAUUGGAACGAAAAGGAGCAGAGCAAUUUGUUGGGCUCCUUCUUUUGGGUGCAUUGGCUGCUACAGCUGCCAGGCGGUAUUCUGGCCCGUAAAUAUGGCACAAAGCUCGUUUUCGGACUGUCCAAUGGCGUUGGGGUAUUUUGUUGUUUCCUUAUACCGAUUUUCUCCUACUGGAGCUAUGGCGCUCUGCUCUGGCUGCGAGUAUUUCAGGGGCUUGUUACUGGUUUGGCUUGGCCCUCGAUGCAUGUGAUGACGGCCAAAUGGAUUCCGCCCAAUGAGCGCAGUAAAUUCGUGAGCGCCUAUUUGGGCAGCUCUGUGGGCGUGGCAAUGUUCUAUCCCAUUUUCGGUUAUGUUAUCGCUUGGACGUCCUGGGAAUGGGUUUACUACAUUUGCGGUGUAUUCGGGAUGCUGUGGUUUGUUGCCUGGCAAUUCCUGGUCUUUGACAGUCCCGCCCAGCAUCCACGUAUAGCUCAAUCGGAACGGCGCUACAUUGAGAAGUCGCUGGGCGCCUCGGUGCACAGCAGCUCGCCUGGGCCAACGCCCUGGCGGGAGAUAGCUACCUCGAGACCAGUCUGGAUGAAUGUGGUGGCUCAAUGGGGCGGCAUCUGGGGCUUGUUUACGCUGAUGACACAUGGACCAACAUACUUCCGCCUGAUCCAUCACUGGGACAUACGUGCAACGGGCUUCCUCUCGGGCAUGCCACAUCUGAUGCGCAUGAUCUUCGCUUACGUCUUUUCCAUGUUCGCCGACUACCUGCUACGCACCGAUCGACUGAGUCGCACCAAUGUACGCAAGCUGGCGACAGGAGUUUGCUGUGGCAUAAAGGGCUUGGUGGUGCUGGCUCUGGCUUUCUUUGGCUAUAAUGCAACAGCUGCCAUUGUAUUGGUAGCUGUGGCGACAAUGUUCCAUGGCGCCGUCUCCUCUGGCCCGCUUGCCUCAAUGGUGGAUCUGUCGCCCAACUAUGCGGGCAUUGUGCUCGGAGUGAGUGGCAUGAUCGGUGGCAUGCCUGGCUUCAUAUCGCCCUUCAUUGUGGGCAUAUUAACCCAGGGCAAUCAAACCAUCGAGGCCUGGAAGAAUGUGUUCAUGCUAACUGCCGCUAUGCUGAUUGGCAGCGGCGUCAUCUACGUGCUCUUCUCCGAGUCCACGCUGCAGUCCUGGAACAGUGGCUGCCACGCUCUACCCGAGGCGGGGCUUAAGGAAUUGCAUACGUUCGAGGAGAAGGUGCCCUUGCAGAGCACUGCAAUAGAUGAGGCCAAUGCAGCCAAGGAGUCAGUCAAGAGCAGCAAAUGAUAGCCAACUGCGUGUCACUUUUAUUGCCAUAAGUCCAUUUUAGUUAUAGCACUGGGCCAAAGGCAAAGCAAAGUGUUAUCAGAUUCUAUUUGCAAGCAGAUUCUGAUUAAAUUUAAACUAACUAUAAAUAACACUUAAACACACAUACAUAUGUGCGUGCAUGUGUGUAUGUGUGCGUGUAUAUGUAUAUUCAGUCUGCACACGAGCUUUCUAUAAAGCGCUGUGUGCUGAUCUUCGUCAAUAAAAUGUGGAAGCUGAAUGUAAAUAAACACAA